AUGUCUGAAUCCACAAAUCGCGACCGCCAACCACCCCGAACGUUCCUGGAUACCCCCGACUUUGCACACCUUCACCCUGGCACUGGCGUCUCUGCUACUACCAACUAUCCACGCACCAGCCAACUACAAGCUCCCACUAGCCACUUGCAUCAUACUGGCCACAACAUCGGCCAUUUCAAGCAUCCACAGACCUUCUAUCAAGGCGUCCAUCAAAAUCUUCUGAAUUUCCAUCAGCCGCCAUCCCAAGGCCAGACCUUGCAAAUCCAACACUUCUCUACCGUCCAGUCUGUGGCGCAGUUUCAAUACCACAAAGACAUGGCUCCAUUCAAGAACAUGGACAAGCCUCUGCCUCAUUAUUAUGCCCAGCCUACGGAGCAGUACGAAAUUCAUAACCAUCAACUUCCGCCAGCGGCUCUAGAGCUUCCAGGAAUCGGACAGGCCCAGCCACAGAGUGUUCAGCCUGUUCAAAACGUUGAGACCUCCAAUGUUUCCAAUCAGUCCAUUCCUAUCAACAUCAACCAGACUUUAACUCCCACUUCAACUGCCAGCGUGGCACUGCAGAACGGCAAUCUCUCCAACGGCGUCAACCAGUCCAUCCAUCCCGGAAUACAAAGCGCAGGAAUGGUCGGUAUGGCCAAUAACGCCCAAUACUACUCGGGCUCCCUUGUCAACCCUAUAAUCACUCAAGACCUACGAAGUCAGUCGCUUCCUGUCACGCUCAACCACCUGGGCCAGGCACCGAUUACUGGAAACCACAACCAUGGAGCAGGUGCAAAGUUUUCUGACUCGGAUGUUGAAUUACUCCACCAGUUAUAUUCCAUGGGUGAGCGCCACAAGUGGAAGCAAAUCACAAAGGAAAUCAACCAGCGAAGUGCUUCCAGACGUGGAGAUGAUCCGUCCGGAAUUUCUGACGACGAGCGCAGCGCACUGUCGAAAAAUGUUUCUCCCACCUAUGUGAUCAAGCAAUACCAGAAUUUACUUGGCCUUCCACGGAACCUGCUUUAUUUUGGAGUAUUGGGGCUGUCUAUUCCAUAUGUUGUUGCUGAAAAGGGGUGGGACGAUUUGGUUGAUACAGAAAGCUUUUCGUCGCCAGAGUAA